AGGGCUUAGGCCACAUCUUGCACACAAAUUGCAGAUUCUCAUUGACCUCUCGCCUGUUGUAUGGCCGCCACGCCAUUGAUGGAAGCGAAAGAAUUUAUUGAGCUCUUUGAUUCAUGCUGGUUUGAGAUGGAAUUCUUUAAGAAACAAUCACGUUUGUCAAAAUCAUCAGGUGUUGAUGCCAACCCAGAUCACCAAAAUGAGGAAGAAUCACCAAAACCAGAGCUUUCCAGGGUCCCAACAAUCAUUUCAAGGUGUAUGAGUGAUCAGUUGUUGCUGCCCAAAGCAAGCGUCGGCUCUGGUCUAUCUCUCUCUCCGGACUCAGUCCUCCUCACGCCGAAACUCCAUACCGUCCUUUCAGGCAAAGAAAUCGCAGAAGAAGAGGGAGAAAAUUCGAUAUCGAUACAGAAACGGAGAGUAUAUGUUCAAGAUUCACCUAAAAAGAAGGCGAGAAGCAGGAGAAGAGGGAUGAAAACUUUGAGCAAGAGUUUGUCAGAAUUGGAAUUUGAAGAGCUAAAAGGGUUUAUGGAUUUGGGUUUUGUUUUUUCUGAGGAAGACAAGGAUUCAAGUUUGGUUUCAAUAAUUCCAGGGUUGCAAAGAUUGGGAAAGAAAGAUGGAGAAGAAGAGAGUGAUGUUGAUAAGGCUACAGUUUCGAGGCCUUAUCUUUCUGAAGCAUGGAAUAAUUUGGAUAGGAGAAAGAAAGAGGAUCCACUUAUGAAUUGGAGAUUUCCUGCUUCGAGCAAUGAGAUGGACAUGAAAGAUAAUCUUAAAUGGUGGGCUCAAACUGUUGCAUCUACUGUUAGAUAACAGAGAUUUCAGAUUCAGGGUUCACAGUUUUGUUAUUUAAUCAGAUUUUUUUUUUGUUUAGGCAAAUGUUGUGAUAUGAUUUUGGUUGUUAUUUUCUUCAGCAAUCCUACAGCUUGUAAUUGUAAAUAAAAGUAGGUUGCAUCUCAUUUCACUUGUUUUCGAGUUGAUAUGUUUUUCUGCACAUAUAGUUGUGAAAUAUCCUACGAGUUUUGGAAUAA